AUGGUGGCGCGGGAUAGUGACGGCAAUUUCUUGCUGGCUGCUGCUAAGAAAAUCCCUGGCGAGUGGAGACCAGAGACAGCCGAGGCUAUGGCAGCCGAGUUUGGGGCUCAACUAGCAGCCCAUUUUCAUUACUCCGACGUGGUAUUGGAGUCUGAUUGCCUGACUUUAAUCCAGAAAAUGCAUCACCCGGAGGAACAACAUGAUGAGGUUGGUGUAUUGUGCCGUAGCAUACGCCGUUUAUUGUUCGCAUCGGGGCAAGGUGGAUGGAAACAUAUCAGCCGAGAAGCUAAUGAAGCGGCUCAUCUUAUGGCUCAUACAGAGACCAGGUGGAACGAGAGGGUUGUUUGGGUGGAUCAACCACCAGUUUUUCUUAUUGAUCAACUGUUGCAGGAUAAUGUAACCGCUUCGAUUGAUUGA